AAAAAGGGUUUCUUUUAGAACACGGGAGAUACAUAGGAUGAAGAUCCAAUCCGUGGAUCCCCACGAAGAAAGUUUAUCUAAUUAAAUAUGCUUUGGGUUCACAUCUUUUUGGACAAAUGAAAUUGGAGAGAGAAUCUGCAUGACCAACAGGCCAUCUGAAGAAAUCUGGUUUAUGAAUCACUGAUAUUCAAAGGGAGAAUGAGUCAUUUUCCAGCGGAUUUCAGGAGACCUGAACCAGCUAAAAGUAGAUUAAAAGAUCUAUUGCUUCAGAAAGAUAAUCAACUUUGUGCAGAUUGUGGUGCCCCAGAUCCUAAAUGGGCCUCUGCGAAUAUUGGUGUCUUUAUAUGCUUAAAAUGUAGUGGCGUGCACAGAAGCCUUGGAACACAUAUAUCAAAGGUUCUGUCAAUAACAUUGGAUGAAUGGUCUGAUGAUGAGAUUGAUGCAAUGAUAGAGGUUGGAGGCAACGGUUCUGCUAAUUCGAUAUAUGAGGCUUUUAUCCCUGUUGGAUAUACGAAGCCUGGACCAAGUGCCAGCCAUGAGGAGCGUUCAAACUUCAUUCGGUCUAAGUAUGAGCUUCAAGAAUUUUUAAAACCGAGCUUGAGAAUUGUGUCCAAUAACUCAAAGAGUUCUGAGGAGCCGAGUUUUUUUCAAGAGAUCUCUGAUAGCUUUCGAAGCUCAAAUUCUUCAAAGAAAUCACCACAAGAAGGCAUGGUUGAAUUUAUGGGCUUACUGAAAGUCAAGGUGAUUAAAGGCACAAACUUAGCCGUGAGAGAUGUAAAGUCCAGUGAUCCUUUCAUUACCCUAACUCUUGGGCAACAGACUGCUAAAACAACGGUGAUAAAGAGCAACUUGAAUCCAGUUUGGAAUGAGGAACUCAUGCUGUCCGUUCCUCAAGAAUAUGGACCCUUGAAGUUGCAAGUGUUCGAUCACGACGUAAUUUCAUCCAAUGACUUGAUGGGUGAAGCAGAAAUCGACCUCCAACCGAUGAUAACAUCAGCAAUGGCAUUUGGAGAUGCUGAAAAGCUUGAGAAUAUGCAGAUAGGAAAAUGGUUGAAGUCAGAUGACAAUGCCCUCAUUGACGACAGCGCUGUCAUCAUCAUCGACGGGAUGGUGAAACAAGAGGUAUCACUGAAGCUCCAAAAUGUAGAAUCAGGUGAAGUGUACUUGGAACUAGAGUGGAUGCCUCUUGAUCAAUAAUGUGGUUUUCAUUUUGAUAUUGCUCAUGAAAUACCUCAUUUGAUCUGUCCAAUUAGAUCAAAACUUCAAAUACCCUUUUGUCCAUGUAGGCCUAAAUUUUUACCAUAUACUACUAAAAAGGGGAUUUAUGAUAAUGCAAUGUUGUAAAAGUUGAACCAUGUUUGUAUGUAUGAGGAAAACUAAGAAGCAUUUGUGUGGGUUUGUUUGUAGGGUAAAAAA